UCCUUCUCUACCCUCGCCAAGUGGAGUUUAAGCAAUUUCUGCGCCUUUUCUUUUUUCUUUUCGUUUUUUUCUUUUUCCUUUUCUUUUCUUUUCUUUUCCCCACACCUUCCUCUUACUUUCUAUUAUACAAAUGUUUAGAAUAAAAAACUUACAAAUUAAAUUACCUAUUCGCCCUUUGCUUCGACCACGUGUAAUUCCACCAUGUAGGCCUUCAUUUAGAAAUACAAUUAAAAGCAUCUCAACAGCAACAGCAUGCAUUACUGCUCAGCAACAAAGGGUGCAGUUUUUUUCCAAUUUAUGGAAAACUUCAGCUGUGAUUGGCGCAACAGCUUUAACAUAUGGAUUAACUAAUAGUCAUGUGUUAGCACUUGAAGCUAAUGAUCCUAUGGGUGAUGUUAUUUGUCAAGCUAUCGUUCAAAACGAUUUUAAAACACUGAAAAAAUUGGCAGAGGACCCUAACUUUAGUCCCAAUGUUUAUCAUCGUUAUGGGUGGACUCCUUUGCAAGUGGCUGUAAUACAAGACAAUGAACAAAUGGUUAAAUUUUUAUUAGAGAAAGGAGCAGAUCCUAACCUUCAAGAUCAAUAUUAUCCAAGAUCACACCAAGCUGCAAAUAUUCGUCAAGUUGAUUUUUCAGAAGAUCUAUUACCUUAUCGCGAUUAUCGUGAAUAUACUGCUCUUCAUUAUGCAGUUAUCAUUUGUAACCCUAACAUUGUCAAACUCUUAUUGGAUCAUUUGGCAGAUCCACUUGUACGAAACUCAAACGGCUUAACUCCCCGAGAAUACCUGUACUACGUUGAAAGAUUUACAGGAGAACAAAAUAUAAAAAUUGAAGACCUACUGCAUAAAAAGGAAUUAUCAUAUCCUAAAGAUAAGGCUGAACAUGAUGAAAUCCAACGUAAAGCUCAACUUCAGAAAGAAAAGGAAUAUCGUAAAAAGCAUCCAUUAGAAGAUGCUUUGAAAGCAAGAAUUGUAGGUCAAUUAGGUCCUAUUUAUGCACUUGCAAGUGCUAUUCGACGAAAACAAAAUGGGUGGCAUGAUGAGGAACAUCCUUUAGUAUUUAUGUUUUGUGGAUCCUCUGGUGUUGGCAAAACAGAGUUAGCAAAAGCAUUGGCACAAUAUCUUCAUGGAAAGCAAAUAGAUAAAGGAUUUAUUCGAAUUGAUAUGAGUGAAUUCCAACAUAAACAUGAUGUUUCACGAUUUAUUGGUUCCCCUCCAGGCUAUGUUGGUUAUGAUGAGGGAGGACAAUUGACAGAAAAACUUAAAGAAUGUCCUAACGCAGUUGUAUUAUUGGAUGAAGUAGAAAAGGCACAUCCUGAUGUGUUAACUAUCAUGCUUCAAUUAUUUGAUGAAGGACGUAUUACAGAUGGCAAGGGAACAACAGUUGAAUGUAAAGAUGCUAUUUUUGUUAUGACAUCCAAUCUAGCACAACAUGAAAUUGCAGAUGAAGCAGAACUUUUAAGAUUAGAAGCUUCUGUUUCUUCUGAUGCACAAACUACAGGUACAUCCACAGUUAUUGAGCCUACAAACAGCAAAGCAUCCCAAAAUCUUCAACAAGAGAAUCGACAGAUCUCUCUUUCCCGACAAUUUAUUGAACAUACAAUUUAUCCUAUUCUCUAUAACCAUUUCCGUCGUGAUGAAUUCUUGGGACGUAUCAACGAGGUUCUAUUCUUCUUGCCGUUUAGUCAAGAAGAAUUACGUGAAAUCACUUCAAGGGAGCUUUCAAGAUGGGCUGAGAAAGCAAGGACACGACAUGGUAUCACAAUGACUUGGGAUCCUGAUGUAGUUGAUGUAUUAGCAGAUGGUUAUAAUAUCCGUUAUGGUGCUCGUAGUAUUAAAUAUGAAGUUGAAAGAAAGGUAGUAAAUUUGAUUGCAAAGGCCAAUGAAAACGAUGAAGUAUUAGAUGGUGGACGUGUUCAUGUUGUAGUUGAUAAAGGUUUAGAUAAGAAGCAUCGUAUUUGCAAGAUUGAGAUUCCUGUAAGAGGCGGUGAUGAUAAGAAAAAAUCGGGUGGAUGGUUUGGAAGUAAAUAAAAAAUAAAAUAAAAUAUAUACUUG